AUCUACAUUCACAUCACACAUAAACUAGAUACCCACACGCUCAACAGCUCGAAUCACGACCACAUACGCUCCAGUCCGGCCCCCAGCAUCUUACACCAGUUCCAGCCCCCUCCAAUUCGGAGCAAACUCCGAGACACGCCCUAGCCCAAGUCAACACUCGUCUCGCUCGUUGUCGAUCUCUGCGCGUGGCCUCUCGCACAUUUUACAAACUACGGCCCCAUCUCGACCUUUUAUAGUCGCGUCGGAGGCGGUACGCGCACGUCCCGCGAGGCUCUAGACACCACGCCAACCGCCGCCGUUGACAACUUGCUUUUCGGCCCGCACCGACGCACUGCCUCCCAAGCCAUCACGCGCCCCAUCUCGCCAUUUGCCCCGUCCCCAGAGACUCGAACGCGCCGUGACUGCCUAGGAGAGCGCGGCCUGCACAGUGCUCAGAGAUGGCCGCCUCUGCGCAUCACCCACCACGGGCAGGCCACGGCUAUGCCAGCAACCUGCAGAACACGAGAGCCGCUCAGCUCGCCACUGCGUACCAGCAGCUCGCCAAGGAGCUCUCCAGCGACAAGAUCAAGGUCGUGGGGGCUUACACCCUGGGCAAGAUCAUUGGCGAAGGAACUUUUGGCUCUGUGCACAUCGCGACACACCGUCUAACGGGCACUCGCUGCGCAAUCAAGAAGAUUCCCAAGUCUGCAUCGGCCCAGCUGACGCGCGAAAUCCACCACCACCGGAGGCUGCACCACCCUCACAUUGUCCACCUCCACGAGAUUAUCGCGACCGAGUCCCAUAUUUGGCUCGUGUCAGAACUCUGCUCGGGUGGCGAGCUCUUCGACUAUCUCGUCGAGCGUGGGCGCAUCCUCGAGGGCGAAGGACGUCGGCUAUUUGGCGAACUUUGCGCCGCCGUGGGAUUCCUUCACCGACAGGGCGUUGUCCACCGAGACCUCAAGCUCGAGAAUGUCUUGUUAGACGGAGAGCUGCGCGUCAAGCUCGGUGACCUGGGCUUUGCUCGCGAGUACCAGCGCGGAAGGUUAAUGGAGACAUUCUGCGGUACCACGGGUUAUGCCAGUCCCGAAAUGCUGGCUGGCAAGAAGUACCAGGGCGUGGAGACGGAUGUUUGGUCCCUCGGCAUCAUCCUCUACACACUCUUGUGUGGAGGGCUCCCCUUUGAUGACGAUGACGAGCGUGUCAUGAAGGACCUCAUCGAGCGGGGCGAGUACGAAGAACCAGAAUGGCUGUCAGAGGAUGCCCGUUCAUUAAUACGAGGCAUGUUGCGGCUCAACCCCUCCGAACGCUUGUCAAUGGAUGGCAUUCUCAACCACCAGUGGUUCAAGAAGACCAUGUAUGACAGCUUGCAAGGCGCAGUCAGCACCGACGACCCCAGGUCCUUCAACUCGUUCCACUCGGAUGACCAGCGCUCCGUCCCUAAUUCCCCGAUGCCCCACCAGACAAGCUUUGGCGACACCGGACUCAAGCCCGUUCCCUCAUCCACUUCCAUCUCGUCGUUCCCAUUCUCACCCCGCACAUCAGCAUCACCACAGCAGCAAACCAAGGACGCGAGCACGUCGCCAGACGCCGAUUCCGCCCCGUCAGAGACCUCGUUUGAGUUUGGUGACUGGACACACAGCAAGCCAGCAAGCGGAGACACGACACCGACAACUGCCGAGAACGAGGACGAGGUCGGCGAGCUGGCUUCGCGGGCAGAGAAUGACAGCAACAAGCUGGAUCUGCAGCACCAGAACAGCAGCCAGUCGACCAUCCGCAAGGCCGAGUCUCCUAGCAAUGCUGGGUCUUCCUCCUCUCGCAAGGUCUCACGGCGCGGAACGCUUGAAGGACAGAAGGAGGAUGAGUCUGGGACCACCAGUGCCACCGAGGAGCGGCAGGGUCUGUCAAGUUUGCCAAUGAUUGAGGAGCACUCGCUCCCCUUGCCAGUCGCCGACCAUUCUCGAACGCCGGUGCGAACAAAACGGCGGUCGCUCACAUCGCAACUUCCUGUGGAGCGACGGCACUCGCACCAAGGUACCUCUGGACAGUGGCAGGCGUUCCAGCCCGAGGACUAUCUCAUUCUGGUCAACACCGACCAGCCGCCGCUGUUCUCAACGGCCUCGGAGAAGCAGCUUCUUCACCAGAUGUCCGACCUUGGUUUCGACACUGGCCAGAUUGUUCACUCGGUGUCCAAUGACGCUUGUGAUAGCUCGGCUGCCAUGUGGUGGAUUCUCCGGUUCAAGCAGCUGGAGCGCGGUGAGACGGAUGAUGUCGUUGAAGCCCGCCGUGCGUCAGCGGCUCGGAAACGAGAGCGCGCGGCGCGGCGGGCCAGGGAACGCCGCGCCGAAGCUGGCGAGCGCUCGCCGUCUGCAGCAGCAUUCACGUCCGACCAUAUCAACCCACCUACGUUUACCGUGUCAUCUACCGACCAGUCCAGAGCCAAAACUCCAGAGCAUGGCAUCCCGCCAUCGUCGACUACGUCGACAAGCACCCUUCUGGCUCCCCAUCGAGGCGACGGAGCAGAGCACAGGCACUCGCCACCACACUCCCCAAUUGCCGUCAUCACGCAGACACCCCCGACCUUGGAGCUGUCACCACCUCGGGACAAGAACAAGAACCGCUCGCCAUCGAUGACGAUGCUUCAGCGCGCGACUUCAGUUCUAGCACUUGGUGGUAAGAAGCACGACGUAAAAGAGGGACACAACCAGCACCCAAGUCGAGACUUCGGCGACCGUGAGCCGAGGGAGCCGAGUUGGCAUUCCUCCGAGACGACCGACUCUGGACCGAAGCGAGCCGAUUCGCCAGGAAAGACGAUGCCGAUCCCCAUGCCGCCGCGGAUGCCGAGAAGCGAGAGUGAUCCGACGUUACUGAAUGCCGACUCGUCACAGCCAGGGUCGCACCGAAGCCGGGAGCCAUCACCAGCCCUAAUCCCGAUCACUCCCGCCAGCCAGCCCAGCGAUCGGUCAGGUGGCGAAUCGUUCAGCAGGAGUGCAGAGUCGACGCUGGAAGCCGCUCGGCUCAAGGCUCCUAAAAAGGAUAGUAUCUGGGCGCAGUUCCGCCAUCUCUUCAACGAGGACAAGCGGCGCAAGAAGCGCGAGCCAUCGCCGAUCCGGGUUCCUAACAAGCCGCCGCCUAUCGUCGUUCCGUCGAGGGGCAUUGGUGCGCGGGGUCCUCACAUGAACCGCACACCACUCCCGGGUUCUUCUCGUCGCGCUUCGUUUGACGGCGGCCGUGGACUCUACUCGCACCGUUCGAGCAGUGUCAACUCUCGUCGGUCUUCUAUCGCGUCCAACCACUAUGCCGACUUUACGAUCAACAUGAACGAUGGGCUCAACUACAGUCUUAACCGACGAGCGAGUGAGCGUAGUCAUCGGAGCACCAGAAGUGCUCGCAGCGGUGGGACGCAGACCCCAACUUCCGAUCACGAACUUGGCUCUGUGCGCCGACGCGGGGGAGACAGCCGCCGAUCGUCGCUGCGCUCUCCCACAAUGCAGUCGGAAGGAUCUGGUCGUUUCCGUGCCCCGCCGGCCUCACCGCUUCACGACUACCACCGCAGAGCGGCGUCCGGCAGUUCGUCGACGAGGGUCCGCCACAUGAAGGUGCUGCAUGAGGCAAAGGUUAUGAGACCGGCGUCUGUCGCCUCGAGCGUUAGAUCCAACGUUUCGUCUCGCGCAUCAUCAAUCGAUCUUAGCCGGCAAGCCGACCGUGAUGAGAGCGAUGCCGACCUGUCGCAAGACGCCGCGUCUACCCGCGGCAAACGACUUGAGGACAGAGCGACCUUGUCCCACCAUCAUGGCAUGCACACCAGAACGCGCUCGCCUCUGGCCCUGAGCGCGCAUGGUUCUCUUGGCCGCGGGAAGCCGCCGCUCCGCGACGUGUUCCAGAACAAGGACCUCGACGACGACUGGGAGAGCGAGGACGACGACGCAUUUGCUGGUGGGCUCGGCCAGCAGUCGUCUGGAGGCGCGACGACUUCGUUCCAGAACAGGUGGAGCGUCAACACGGCAUACCCUGGUGCUGCUCCAUCAGGCCCUGCUACUGGCCGAUUCAACUCUGCAGGCAAGCGCGCGCCUCCUGGCAUGGCGUCACGAAACCCUGCACCAGCGCGAAUCGACGAAGGGAGCGGCAGCAGUAGCAAGCCGGCUGCGAAGAGUGCACCGGAGUCGACAUCGACAACUUCAUCGUCGUGUGCUUCGACAACCACACGAGGCCGGCGCGGCACCGUCGGCGCGGCACGCACACAAGCGCCCGUGAUCGAGGAGGAGGACGAGGAGGAAGAAUAG